GCUGCUGGAGAAGUCCGGCCAACCAAUGAAAAGAGGGCUGCAGGUCACUUGCUAUUUGUAUCGAACCCGCCUAACCCGCGGGUCGCUACUAUCAACUCAACACAUGAUUUGGUGUGCCAAACGCCAAAUUUGAUUUCUGCGGCAAUGGGAGCAGCGAGUUCGCGAGAGAACGAGGCAGCGGCGGCGGAGUUUGUGGACCGUGUGACGACGGAGAAUGGCGUGACGGUCUUCAGCAAGAGCUACUGUCCGUACUGCAAUCUGGCAAAAGGCGUGCUGGAUGAGGCCGGCGUCAAGUAUCACGUUGUGGAGCUGGAUCUGAAGAGCGACGUACCUACUGGCGCUGAUAUUCAGAACGCACUGGCUACUGCAACCGGACGACGCACCGUGCCCAAUGUCUUCAUUAAGAAGGAGUCCAUCGGUGGCGGCACCGACGUGCAGGCGCUGUUUCAGUCUGGAAAGCUCACAGAGAUGCUGCGCACUGCCGGAGUGUUGUGAUCAACGUAGAAUAGAUAUUCUCAUUUGAGCAGGGCAAUCGGACACGUCCUAUGUGUUCUACGCUGACGGAGAGCUGGCAUUUUAUCGACGCAAAAACAUGUCCUGAACGCUAUAUUGCUCGUAUGGCACCAGGAGGCUCAAGCCACAUACUUUAGGGAAGACUAAUGUUUCGAUGAUGCUGUGAAUGGCGAACUCGUUCAGUAAGUGACCACUCAUGCUGAAUUCAACAGAUAUUCUAUUCGUUUGGUGUGCUGGCAUCCAAUUGCUGCUAGCAGUAGGUCAUCGUUUGCUCUACGAUCACGAGGUGUUUUGGUUUCUCGGACCGAAGUCAUUUGCUGCUUGGUAGGCAAUAACUUGCAGGUCGAAUCCAGCGUUUCAAAGAGCGACCUCACAUCAGUUAAACAGACAAAGAAUACGUGGCUAUCUGUUAUCAUGGAAACUAUUCAUCGAAACGAGUGCACGAGACACAUUAGGCGUCGAAGUUCCAGGUAAUGCAGAAGGUCGUGAGUCCUUAUCGUAGAUACUAAAGCCAACUACCUCGCGAUGCAGAGACUGCACUUCACUCAUCUGUCGUGUUAUCUC